AACUUCUACAUGUUAUGCAGCGAAAACAGCCAAAUAUAUCCAAAUCAGACUUUAGUAACUACAUUGUGAGUCUAUUGCAAUACAUCAAUCGUGACGGAUUUGACAAAUAUCCACUUUGUUAGAUCAGAUUUGUUGAAUGUCCGCCAAUCCGGCGUCCCCACGGUCUGCAUUCCAUUGACCUCUUUACCGCAUCUAUGCCAACAGAACAUUCUAGAACAUUCUAGAAUGUGUAGAACUAAAUGUUUAACUGCUUUCCUCAACCAUUGCAUAUAGCUAUUCCCUAGCUGUCGACAGAGUGGAUAACCGACCAUGUUAUUUUCUGCCAUUAUUUACAUCAAUUUAUCAAUGGUAUGGACCAAUCAAGUGUCACAUGUCGCAUCAGAUGUCCUUUUGCAUCAAGUUUGACCAUUUCAAAUACCUUUCCAAUGGACUGAGAUUCAGAUUGACUGAGAAGUCUCACUGUCAAGCCCUCCCUGACAAUAGCUCCCCUUCCUUAUGAGAAUGUUGUGUCUUCUUUUGAAAGUGCAAAUGUGUUAUUAUUAUUAUUAUUAUUAUUAUUAUUAUUCUAACAUAUGAGUUGUUCAUGUUUGGGCACCCAACUAUAGCAUUCUAUAUUUAUAAUUAGAAGAAGUGAUUUAUGUAAGGAUAUACUAUGUGGUCAAUGUUGAUCCUCGGGGGCAGUCAUCGCUCAUUACAAUACUCUCUAUUGCCACACAAUAGGGAGAUAAGGUUUGGAGACUUCCCCUCAGGUUUGAUGAGCAAUAUGAGUCCAAUUUCAGACCACCGACCCGGGGAGUUGAACCUCUUUACAUUUUAAUGCCUUAAAUAGUUUCACUGCUUCCAUCCAUGUUUUUAUUCAUCUACUUUGGACUAUAAGUCAUAGUUUUGCCUUUCAGGAAUGGCAUCCUCCAACAGGUGUAUGUUAUAACACAGGUGGCCAAGGCUGCCAUUCUACUCAGUGCCUGAGAAGCAGGGUUUAAACCACAUGGUUUCAACUCUGGUGAAAUGACACUUGCCUUUUAUAUAAGACUAGAACAAACCAAUAUAUAGUCCAUUGCUUCUUAUUACUAAUACAUUUAGGAUAUUUAUUUACACUAAAGGCUGUGGUAUUCAGUAAACACAGUGGUUAAUAUAAAAAUGUGCGUAUUUCUGUAAAACAUGAUUAUAGAAGUUAGUCUCCAGUAUUUUAAAUAAUUUAACUGUUAUAUUUGCUAUUAUGAAUCGAUUAUUUUAUUUUUUUGUCCUUGUAAUGAUUGUGACUGAAACUGUUGUUUAAUGAGAGAUGUUUUGAAGAGACAAGCAGGAGAUUCUGUUACUGAAGGAUGUAUUGUUGUUUGGUCAUUAUGGGAGGGGACAUUGUCUCACGUCAGAUGACGUCACUCCUCCGUCUUGUUGGACGUGGAACUCAGAUUCAAAUUUCAAUAUUGAGCAUCCGCCAUUCAAAAAAUUAAAACAUAGUUCCUCAUUUUUGAUAUCACUGCGCUAGCAUGUGAUUCUCCAUGAAAUAGGCAGAAUAACCAACUAGCUAAAUUAUUACAAACGUUGUGACAGUGAUUUAAUAGUUUGCAAUUGUGAGAAAAUAAAAACAAACCAGUGGCUACCUUCUGCACAAAUUCUGUGCCAGGACGUAGGUCGCCAGGCAGUGACUAGAUCAGCUGUGUAGCUAACUGUUGUCGCUAGCUAGCUAAUCAGCUAGCUCUUCCGUCACUGACAUAAAAAGCUUGCUUUGCCUGUUUAAAUUACCCUGAAGUUGUAGACAUGCAGCCCCACAAUUAAUAGGAACUGGCUGUUAUCACAAAUCAGUCCAUAGAUCAGCAUGAUGCUCCUCGAUUGUAUCGUUGGGUAAGCUGAGCACAGCAGCAGCUGCUUCAUGAAAACUCAUAAUAAUGAAGGAGUGAAGACUGAAAACGACCACAUCAACCUAAAGGUUGCAGGUCAAGAUGGGUCAGUCGUCCAGUUCAAAAUCAAAAGGCACACUCCGCUCAGCAAGCUGAUGAAAGCGUACUGCGAAAGACAGGGUUUGUCAAUUAGACAGAUACGGUUUAGGUUUGACGGACAGCCAAUCAACGAAACGGACACACCUGCACAGCUUGAGAUGGAAGACGAGGACACUAUUGAUGUAUUUCAACAACAGACCGGAGGAGGCUCCUCCUUCUCGGAGGCUUCUCUUAAAAGUGUAUGGACCCCUCUCUGAGGCUCCUCCCUCUCUGAGGACAGAAACACACUUGAAUAGCAGCAAUGUUUUUUUAUUUUAUUAAAUAAUUGUUCAGCUUUAUUUUUUAUUUUAUUUUGGGAUCUAUCCGCUCGUAGCCAUGGUCUUAUCUUUGUCAUGAUCACAAGCUGGAUUUCAUGCCACCUAUCCACAAAUGUCUUGUUUAAAUUCAUACUGAGGAUGGACUAGAUAAACUGCUUGGAGUCAUGUUUUGGAGAAUAUGUAUUUGUUUCACACACGGGACAAUGGUGAUGUGGGGGGGUUCAACUCAUUCAGGGUUAGUCCCAAAUGGAACCCUAUUCCCUUUAUAGUGCACUACUUUAAACAACGUGUAUAUGGUCAAUAGGGGGCUGUUUGGGACGUGCCCUCAAUCUACCAUAGGUUGAGGGACUUCUAGUGUUGAACAGGUCUCAUAAUAUGCAACAUGCUAUAGUUUUUUUUUUUUUUGUCUACUGUUUUUAAGUACAUCUUGCAAAAUAUAUACAGUCCAAGUGAUCAAUUUAAAUCCUGUUCAAGGAAUAUUGGUGAAUGGGCCCUUCCUCUAGUGCAGUUUAGAUUGAAUUGCUAUGUCUGUCUGGACCAAAAUCCUAACUGAAGUGUCGUGAACAGAAAUGUCUUGGUGAUAUGAUAGAUUAGGCGUUUCAGGUCUAUUUUUAACAACACUUGAAAGGGUGCAUCAUACCUUUCACAUGUCUCUGUUUGGUUUCGACCCCCUUCCACACAGAUUUAAGGGGAGUAGUUGAGCUGUACUUUGGAUUUCUCCUGCUUUUAACCCAUCCCACUGCAUCACUGAUAUUUUAUGACAAAAUAAAAGGGAAUCCACCCUGACUUCAACAACCCUUGACUUUCUUUUGUUUAGCCUUUAGCUAUAACCAAGACUUCAUGAACUGAUCUUCCCACCUGCCUUCAGACCGUUGUGUGGACUGGGGCCUUGAAUAGGGAACACAGGUCCACUGAUCCGCUGUUUCUCUAAUGAUUUGUAUAUUCUUUUACUACUGUAUCCAAUAAAUAUAGUUUGGUACUCAG